AGGUGCGCCGAGCCCGGGCGCGCGAUGCGGCCGGCGGGAGCGGCGCCCGUCGCGGGGUCGCUGGCGCAGGACCCGCCGCGCUGGGGGGAGCCGCUGCAGGCCCCGCCGCCCCCGGCCUCGCAGCCGCCCGCGGCCGCGCCCUCGGGGCCGCCGCCCCCCGCCCCGGCCGGCGCGCCCCUGCACCGCCUGCCCGAGCCGCUGCUGCGGAGGCUCGGCGAGAGCCUGGACCGGGCGUGCGACGGCCGCGGCUGGCGGAGGCUGGCGGAGGUGGCGGGGAGUCGGGGGCGCCUGCGGCUCAGUUGCCUGGACCUGGAGCAGUGUUCUCUUAAGGUCUUGGAGCCUGAAGGGAGCCCCAGCCUAUGUUUGCUGAAGCUAAUGGGUGAAAAAGGGUGUACAGUCACGGAACUCAGUGAAUUCCUGCUCUCCAUGGAGUACACUGAAGCUCUUCAGCUUCUCAGCCGCCCAGGAAUAAAGAUCACUGUAAACCCAGAAUCAAAGGCGGUCUUGGCUGGGCAGCUGGUGAAGUUAUGUUGCCGGGCAACUGGACACCCUUUUGUACAAUAUCAGUGGUUCAAAAUGAAUAAAGAGAUUCCAAACGGAAAUGCAUCAGAACUUGUUUUCAACACAGUGCAUGUGAAAGAUGCAGGCUUUUACGUCUGUCGAGUUAAUAAUAAUUUCACCUUUGAAUUCAGCCAGUGGUCACAGCUGGAUGUUUGUGAUGUCACAGAACUAACGGGAAACUUCCAGGAAAGUCUGGAUGGCGUCUCUGAAUGCAAGUUGCAGAUCUGUGUUGAACCGAGGUCCCAAAAGCUGACGCCUGGCAGCACAUUGGCCCUGCAGUGUGUCGCUGUUGGAAGCCCCAUCCCUCACUACCAGUGGUUCAAAAAUGAAUCACCAUUAACACAUGAGACCAAAAAAUUGUACAUGGUGCCUUAUGUGGAUCUGGAACAUCAGGGGACCUACUGGUGCCGUGUAUAUAAUGACCGAGACAGCCAAGAUAGCAGGAAGGUAGAGGUCAUCAUAGAUGAAUUACAUAACCUUGGACAUCCUGACAAUAAAGAGCAAACAGAUGAUCAACCUUUAGCAAAGGACAAGGUUGCUCUUCUGAUAGGAAAUAUGAAUUACUGGGAUCACCCCAAGCUAAAAGCCCCUCUGGUGGAUGUGUACGAACUGACCAACUUGUUAAGGCAGCUCGAUUUCAAAGUCGUCUCGCUGUUGGAUCUCACCGAGCGUGAGAUGCGGAAUGCAGUGAAUGAAUUUUUACUACUUCUAGACAAAGGAGUAUAUGGAUUAUUAUAUUAUGCAGGACAUGGUUAUGAAAACUUUGGGAACAGUUUCAUGGUCCCUGUUGAUGCUCCAAAUCCAUAUAGGUCUGAGAAUUGUCUCUGUGUGCAAAAUAUACUGAAAUCGAUGCAAGAAAAAGAAACUGGCCUUAAUGUGUUCUUGUUGGAUAUGUGUAGGAAAAGAAAUGACUAUGAUGAUACCAUUCCAAUCUUGGAUGCACUAAAAGUCACUGCCAAUAUUGUGUUUGGAUAUGCCACAUGUCAAGGGGCAGAAGCUUUUGAAAUCCAGCAUUCUGGAUUGGCAAAUGGAAUCUUCAUGAAAUUUUUAAAAGAUAGAUUAUUAGAAGACAAGAAAAUUACUGUAUUACUGGAUGAAGUUGCAGAAGAUAUGGGUAAAUGUCACCUUACCAAAGGGAAACAAGCUCUAGAAAUUCGAAGUAGUUUAUCUGAGAAGAGAGCACUUACUGAUCCAAUACAGGGAACAGCAUAUUCCGCAGAAUCUCUGGUACGGAAUCUACAGUGGGCCAAGGCACACGAACUUCCAGAAAGCAUGUGUCUUAAAUUUCAGUGUGGUGUUCAGAUUCAAUUAGGAUUUGCAGCUGAGUUUUCCAACGUCAUGAUAAUCUACACAAGUAUAGUCCAGAAGCCCCCCGAUAUAGUGAUGUGUGAUGCCUAUGUCACCGAUUUUCCACUUGACCUAGAUAUUGAUCCAAAAGAUGCAAAUAAAGGGACACCUGAAGAAACUGGCAGCUAUUUGGUAUCAAAGGAGCUUCCCAAGCAUUGCCUCUACACUAGGCUCAGUUCACUGCAAAAAUUAAAGGAGCAUCUGGUCUUCACGGUGUGUCUGUCGUAUCAGUACUCCGGGCUGGAAGACACCGUGGAGGAGAAGCAGGAGGUGAACGUCGGGAAACCCCUCAUCGCUAAGCUGGACAUUCACCGCAGCCUGGGGAGGAAAACCUGCUUCCAGACGUGCAUGGCCGGCAGCGACCCCUACCCCAGCAGCAACCCCGCCGGGCACUACCGCUCGUCCCCCGACUCCUUCAGGGGCGUUUACCACUCGCAUCUGGGCGCCCUGGGCAGCGCGCUGCCGGACAGCUGUCGCUGCAGCCGCACGGCCCAGGCCUUCUCCGCCCAGCACGCUCGCUACUCGAGUGAGGCCGGGGGGAGCAACGUGCCCGAGGAAACCACCGACGAGAUGCCUUUCGCUUUCUCGGACGGGCUUAGAAUUUCUGAGAAGUGACCUUCUUGGCUUGGAGAGUUGUAGCUGGGUAGGUGCCCCGUGUGCAGCAGUGCUCCUGGAGAGUGGGGAUUGUAAAAAGCAAAUAUGUAUAUGUAGAGAGAAAAUUAGCAGCCGCUGUUUGAGAGCAAGCUCAGGACUCUGAGAUGCUGGAGGUGCAUUACUUAACCUCAGGUUUCCUCUUAGGAUUUUGUGAACCACUUUCUUCUACAAGAAGGAAGGCUGGGUGGGUGCCUGUCUUUGUGGGCAUAACCAAAUGUGGCUGUGUUUCCAUUUUGACCAGCCGGGGCAAGAACAAUGGGAAAGGCAUUCUUGGAGAAGUCGCUGUGUUUGUAAAGCAGAGAAGGGACCUUGGUCAUCAUCCAGCUUGUGGGAGAAACAGGCUGAGGCAUCUUAUUUAAGUUAGUGCUGGCACCAGAACUGGGACCUUCGGGUUUCAACACCAGCGCCUUUUCCUCUCCUCGCUGCCUUCCCUGCAGGUAUUAUUUUUGUAGAUAGACUUGAUAUGUAAAUACGCACGCCAGCAUGUAACCUAAAAGUAUACAGGCUUUAGUUUGUGAUUAUAGGACAUGGCUGCAAAUGUCAGUUAAGAAAUUUGUAUAUAGAGCUUAUAUAGAACAGGCUUAUAUAGAACCUUAUUGUUCUUGAGGUCACAAAAGCACAUUGGGGUGACGGACGUUGGUCUGUUAAAGCUGGACAGCAGCAGCAUCUGCCACUGGCCGUUAGCUUUUAACCUUUUCUUUCAAACACUGAACGUGUCUCCUUUGAUGAUGUGUAUUUUCUUACUGAGUCUUACUGGCCUGAGGAGACACCUUAUCACCACCUUUUGUUUCACCUAAAAGUAAGUUCAAAGGGUACCUGGCAAGCACCACGAAUAAGAUUGGAUUCAUUUUAAAACAUCCCACAAAGAAAAUCCUAGUUCCACAUGGUUCAUAGCUUAUUCUACCAAACAUUAAUAGUUCACACCAAUCUUUCAGAAAGUCUCUCCAAAAACAGAAGAGGUGAGAACAUUUCCCAGCUCACUUUAUAAGCCAGUAUUAACCUGAUAUAAAACCAAACAAAGAUCGCAGGAAAACCGGAGACCAAUACCUAUUAUGGCUACAGACACAAAAAUCAUUAACAGGAGACUAGCAAGCGGAAGCUAGCAACCAAAAGCAAGGAUUCCUGCUUUUCACAGUAUUGAGUGCUGAGCGCCAGACACCAGGCCAUUGCUUCUGGGAGUACCUGUGUGUGUAUGUACACACGUGUGCACGCUUGUUUUCCUGUGCAUGUAAAAGUCACAUUUACACUCUACCCUCAUAAAUGAGCGGUAACGGUAGGUCUCAGAAUCGCAAAGCGAGCACAUGCUGGUCAAAAAAUGGUGCCGAUAGAUGUGCUCAAAGCAGGGCCGCCACAGCCUUCAGUUUGUAAAAGCACAAGAAAGCAAAGCUCGACGAAUCAAGGCCAGCCUGUGUGCAUAACUCAAACAUAUCAUGACCUUCAGUCCCGAAAGCAGCUUACCCUGCUAGGUUCUGUUUAUUUUAAAGAGAAAAUGAGGCUCGGAGCUACUAAAUGAUUUGCCUGAGGCCACCCCACAAGUAGGCACUAGAAGUGGUAUUCAAGCCUAUCCAGCUGGGCCGAGGCCAAGCUGCUUGCCUUGCUCGUCCCACUGCCUUGUCCUCCUCUGGUCAUCUCUGGGUGAGCAGAAAGAUGAAAGCAAGCGCUGCCUUGUGUGACCUUAACCUGCACGUCGGGGGACUCGGAAUUGUCUUCAAUCUGCAAAUGUCCAUAGAUGAGCAUAAAAAUGCUACAGCUAUUAAUUUGGGGAUAAAUUUUACAAGUAAAUUGGCAAAUUCAUAUGUAACUACGUGUAAUGAACAAUUGAACCAUUUAAAAAGGACAAAAUUACGAUGAUUGUGUAAAUGUACGAAAAAAUAUUUUGUUCUGUUCAUCCAUUUAAGAUAAAAUACCAAACUAGAAAUAGAAGGGAAUUAAUAUGAUAAUGGAUAGUCACAAAAAGCCCACAGGUAACCUCACACUUAAUGGCAGCAGAUUGCAGAAUGCUUACCCCUGCCAUCAGGAAUAAAGCCAGGAUGUUACUUUCACCACUUACUAUUCAAUUGUACUUGAGGUGUUAGCCAGGGCAGCAGGCAAGAGAAAGAAAGAAAAGGCAAGCAUAUUGGAAAAGAAGAUUCUGUGUAUUCAUAGCUGACAUGACCGCACAUAGAAAAUCCUAAGAAAUCCCUUUAAAACCUACAUAAUGAAUUCAAGUUGUUCAACAGGUGGCAAGAUGGAAAGUGCCUAUAGCAACGAACAUUCUGAAAUUGAGUUCAAAUUCCAUUUACAGUAGUAUCAAGAGAUAAAGUAAAACUAUAAAACUUUGUUAAAAAAUGAAAGAAAACCUAAUGUAUGGAAAGAUACUUGAUUUUGGAUGUCUGACUUCCAGAACAGGGAGACAAUACAGUUGUGUUGUGUUAAUCUACCACACUAAUGGUAAUUGAUGAGGACAGCCAGGUGCACCAAUCCUCAGGCAGGCUCCACCCCAAGCUGCCUUGGGAAGGACAUUGACUUGAAAAAGGGCAGAACAAAUGGG